AUGUGUAUGAAAUCCAAUAUUCUUUUCUGUCUACUUUUAAUCUCUUCGGUGCUUUGUGAUAAUAAUAUUAUUAAUUUCUACGAUGAAUUUUUUAACGAGGUAGUGAAUAAAAAAGAGCUAACUGCUCAAAUUAGAAAUAAAUUAGGUAAUUCGAAUGAAGCCAAUGAUGCAAUGAUUAAGAUGUUGGAUGCUUGGUCAAAAUUUCCUAGUGGUAUAUUAGAAGGCAAUUGGAUGGAUUUGGGAAGUUUUGAUGAAUGCUAUGGCAUUGAAUAUAAUAAAAUUUAUGGGAAAUAUUGUCUGGGAAGUAUAAAAUUUAAACCUCAAACAGAAAAAUAUUUUAAAAAUUUAGGAAUCACCGAUGUAAAACCGCGUCCUAGAAUUUCGCUGCACCCAGAACCCAGAUUGAUAGGUUUAGGUGAGGAUUAUAUAGGUCUUCAUUUUGCUGCAUGUGUACCAAGUACCAUGUCAGCAGCUGAAAUCCCCGGACUUUUCAACUAUACGGAAGACUUUUGUUAUUCUAAAGCAACAGAACCGGAAUUAUCAGCGGGAGCAAUUGUGACGAUAACAAUUCUAGCAGUUUUCCUGUGUUUAGUGGUUGUUUCAACCUGCUAUAAUAUUGCACUAGACUACUUCAAAAAAGAACCUUACCACGAAUUGCUUAUUGCAUUUUCUUUUCUUCACAACGGACGAAAACUCUUCCGGUCAAGCAAAAAUUCAGAUCAACUUCUUUGUCUAAAUGGAAUCAAAGCACUAAGUAUGAUGUGGGUCAUUAUUGGACACGAAUUUUCAAAUGCUUUUAAUGCUCCACUUUCUAACUUUUUUGCCAUGAAAGACUGGCAAAAUGAUCCCGCCAAUAUGUUUAUAUCAGGAGCCACAGUCUCCGUUGACACAUUUUUCGUCGUUGGAGGUCUUGUGACAGUUUACACAUUUUUGAAAUCAAUGGACAAAGAAGCAAAAUUCAAUGUAUUUCUUUUCUACGUCCAUAGAUAUCUUAGACUAACACCUGCGUACUUUGUGGUGGGUUUAAUACACCUUUUCCUUCUAAACCACUUCGGAAAUGGACCAUUGUGGAAAGUUGUCGAUAUAAGUCUAGUUGACACUUGCGAAACAGGGUGGUGGAGUAGUCUAUUGUACAUUGCAAACUAUGUUGAAAAAGGAAUGACUUGUGUGCCUCAAACUUGGUAUCUUCAAGUCGACAUGCAAUUGUUUAUCUUAUCACCAAUCGUUCUUAUACCAUUAUUUAGGUGGCCUAAAAUUGGUUUAGGUGCUUUAGGAUUCUUAAUAAUUGCCGGAUGUGUAUCUCCAUUUGUGAUUGGUUACGUUAAGCAUUUAGGAGGUGGGAUGUUAAAUAAUAAGGAUUCACAAGCUUUUAUGAAUUAUUAUUACGCUGCGACAUAUGCCCGAUUUGGACCAUAUGUUAUCGGAAUGCUUGCUGGCUACUUCUUGUACAAGAUUAAAACAAGCAAAGUGAAAAUUCACUUGAAAUGGUGGCAGGUUAUAACUCUUUGGUUAGUGGUUUUAACCGGUCUAGUGGCCUGUGUCUGGGCCGGUUAUCCAUUAAAUAUGGCUACAGAAGAAGAUCGAUGGGGAAAUUCAAUGUUUUUGGCUUUUAAUAGACCUGCAUGGGCUGUCGCAGUCGUGGGAGUAAUUUUCUUGUGUGUGGCUGGCUAUGGAGGACCUAUCGAUAAAUUUCUUUCAUGGUCAGUUUUUCAAUUUUUGACUAAACUUUCUUACUCUAUGUAUUUGGUACAUUAUGCUGUCAUUAUAAUCAGAUAUUCACUCUUGAGAAACAAUAUCAAAUUUUCUAAUCUUGCAAUGAUGCACGCAUUUUGGGGAGAUUUUAUGUUUACGUUAGGUUUAUCCCUGAUUCUGUGCUUAACUUUCGAAUCUCCAAUUAUAAUUCUUGAAAAAUAUCUCUUUCAUAGAAGUCCCAAAACGAAAAAUGUAAAACAGUAAUUAUCAAUUAUGUGUAAUUAAGUAAAUUUAAAAAUAUAUUUAAUUUGUAAUAAAAC